AUGGAUGCCACUCAGCCGCCGCAAGAGCCUGUUCGGGAGUGGGUGCUCGAAGCCGAGCAAGAGCUGCGACUCGAAAUAGACUUCAAGCACACCGUCAAGAUCAAGCUCAAGUCAGGAAGAGCAGAGCUCUUCGGCACGGAGCUGACUCUCGAUCCUGAAUAUUUGUUCCGGGGACGCAAGCUGGCAAUCUUUACAUGGCACGGAUGCACGCUCGAUGUCAAGGGCCAGUGCAGCGGAUACGUCGCUGGCGAGACACCCAUGUACACUUAUCUGAAUACUCAUCUGGCGCUGGCCCAGCUCUCGGCCGAGGCCAAGGCCCGCGACGAGAUGGGGCCGCGAGUCCUCAUCCUUGGGCCAACCGACGUCGGGAAGAGCACCCUGGCCAAGAUUCUGCUCAACUACUCAACCAAGCAGAGCCUGAAGCCGCUCUUUGUCGAUAUUGAUCCCAAGGAGGGCACCGUCGCUGUUCCAGGAGCGCUUUCGACCAUUGCUAUUGCCCGUAUGAUUGAUGCCGAGGAUGAUUUCGGCGCCAGCCCAACCAUCACCAACAGUACGCCUUAUGUGCUCUACUACGGACAAACGAGCCCCACCGAGAAGCCGAUCUGGUACAAAACGCUCCUGUCGAAUCUCGCGGCUGUUGUCUCCAAGAAAACCGAGAUCGAUCCCGAAGUUCGAUCAUCGGGAAUCAUCAUCGACUCUCCAUCACAGUUUGUGGAAUCGGGCGGCAGGGAUCUCCUUAUGCACACAAUCACCGAGUUCAAAGUCAAUGUCAUUCUGGUGAUAGGACACGAACGAAUGUACAGCGACCUCAAGCAAGAGUUCAAUGACAACAGCGGGAUCUCGAUCAUCAAGCUGCACAAAUCCGGCGGCGUUGUGAAUCGCGACGACACAUUCCGCAAGCAGAGUCAAUCGCAAAAGAUUAGCGAAUACUUUUAUGGCACACCCAAGCUCGAGCACAGCCCGUACUCGUGCAGCGUCAACUACGCAGACAUCACCAUCCGACAGGUUGGCGAAGGAACUCUGGCGCCGUCGUCGGCCUUGCCUCUGGGCGCGCAGCGCAAAGUGGCCGAGACCAGGAUGGUCAAGAUCGAUCCCGGCGAGAUACUGUUGCACUCGAUCAUGGCCGUUUCGAACGUGCCGGUGGAUCCAGACGCGGCCCUGUCUGUGGACGAAGAGAGUCGCAACAUUGCAAAGACUCCCCUUGCUGGGUUCGUUUAUGUGUCUGAGGUUGACGAAGUGCGCAAGAAGCUCACGGUUUUGGCCCCCAUGCCUGGACGACUGCCGAAAAAGUACUUUGUGCUUGGGUCACUGAAGUGGAUCGAGAUCUAGCGCAAGUGGUAGGCCAGCCCGGCUGGUGGCAUCAAGCGAUCGAGCUCCAGAGGGCUGUAUUAAUGCACACCUGGCGCUCGCUCCGAGAAUACAAUCUGCACCCGCUGUAUAUUCCGA